CGCCCCGAUGAGUAACUCCCGCAACAACCGGGUGAUGGUGGAAGGGGUCGGGGCGCGGGUAGUGCGAGGCCCGGACUGGAAGUGGGGCAAGCAGGACGGCGGCGAGGGCCAUGUGGGCACUGUGCGGAGCUUCGAGAGCCCUGAAGAGGUGGUGGUGGUGUGGGACAACGGGACGGCCGCCAACUACCGCUGCUCCGGCGCGUAUGACCUGCGCAUCCUGGACAGCGCGCCCACCGGCAUCAAGCAUGACGGGACUAUGUGUGAUACCUGCCGCCAGCAGCCCAUCAUCGGCAUCCGGUGGAAGUGUGCCGAGUGCACCAAUUACGAUCUGUGCACGGUGUGCUAUCAUGGAGAUAAACAUCACCUGAGGCAUCGCUUUUACAGAAUCACUACACCAGGAAGUGAGCGGGUUCUGUUAGAGUCUCGGAGGAAAUCUAAGAAGAUUACAGCCAGAGGCAUCUUUGCAGGUGCCCGAGUGGUGCGUGGAGUAGACUGGCAGUGGGAAGACCAGGACGGCGGCAACGGGCGCCGGGGCAAGGUAACAGAAAUCCAGGACUGGAGUGCGUCUAGCCCACACAGUGCAGCCUAUGUUCUCUGGGAUAAUGGUGCUAAGAACCUGUAUCGAGUGGGCUUCGAGGGCAUGUCUGAUCUGAAAUGUGUCCAGGAUGCCAAAGGAGGCUCCUUCUACAGAGAUCAUUGCCCUGUGCUAGGUGAGCAGAACGGCAAUAGGAAUCCUGGUGGGUUGCAGAUUGGCGACCUGGUAAAUAUAGAUCUUGACCUGGAAAUUGUGCAGUCUCUGCAGCACGGUCAUGGUGGAUGGACCGAUGGCAUGUUUGAAACGCUAACUACCACUGGCACUGUUUGCGGCAUCGAUGAAGAUCAUGACAUUGUAGUGCAGUACCCAAGUGGCAAUAGGUGGACCUUUAAUCCUGCUGUCCUCACCAAAGCCAACAUUGUGCGCAGCGGGGAUGCUGCGCAGGGUGCAGAAGGAGGCACCUCACAGUUUCAGGUGGGCGACCUAGUGCAAGUUUGUUAUGAUCUGGAGAGAAUUAAACUUCUGCAAAGAGGGCAUGGAGAAUGGGCUGAAGCGAUGCUUCCAACUUUAGGUAAAGUUGGGCGAGUACAACAGAUUUAUUCUGACAGUGACUUAAAGGUGGAAGUUUGUGGAACAUCUUGGACGUAUAAUCCAGCAGCAGUUUCCAAGGUAGCAUCUGCAGGAUCUGCUAUCAGCAAUGCCUCUGGUGAAAGACUGUCUCAGCUCCUGAAGAAAUUAUUUGAAACUCAAGAAUCUGGUGAUCUCAAUGAAGAAUUAGUUAAGGCUGCUGCAAAUGGAGAUGUUGCUAAAGUGGAAGAUUUGCUAAAAAGACCAGAUGUGGAUGUGAAUGGACAGUGUGCUGGCCACACAGCUAUGCAAGCUGCUAGUCAAAAUGGACACGUUGAUAUUUUGAAGUUACUUUUGAAGCAAAAUGUGGAUGUAGAAGCAGAGGAUAAAGACGGAGACAGGGCGGUUCACCAUGCAGCCUUUGGAGAUGAAGGUGCUGUCAUCGAGGUGCUGCACCUGGGUAGUGCCGAUCUGAAUGCGCGCAACAAGCGCCGCCAGACACCGCUGCACAUCGCUGUCAACAAAGGUCACUUGCAGGUUGUGAAGACACUGCUGGACUUCGGCUGUCACCCCAGUCUCCAGGAUUCCGAAGGUGACACUCCUCUUCAUGAUGCCAUCAGCAAGAAACGCGAUGACAUCCUGGCUGUCCUCCUGGAAGCAGGAGCGGACGUCACCAUCACAAACAACAAUGGUUUCAAUGCUCUGCACCAUGCAGCGCUACGGGGAAAUCCCAGUGCAAUGCGUGUUUUACUCUCAAAAUUACCAAGACCAUGGAUUGUGGAUGAGAAGAAAGAUGAUGGUUAUACUGCCUUGCAUCUGGCUGCCCUUAAUAACCAUGUGGAAGUGGCUGAACUGUUAGUGCACCAGGGGAAUGCAAACCUGGAUAUUCAGAAUGUGAACCAGCAGACUGCCCUGCACCUUGCUGUUGAGCGACAGCACACCCAGAUUGUCAGGCUUUUAGUCCGUGCUGGUGCCAAGCUGGAUAUUCAGGAUAAGGAUGGAGACACGCCCCUGCAUGAAGCUCUGCGGCAUCAUACAUUAUCUCAGCUGCGUCAGCUGCAAGACAUGCAAGAUGUGGGGAAGGUCGAUGCUGCCUGGGAGCCAUCGAAAAACACACUGAUAAUGGGGCUGGGCACCCAGGGGGCGGAGAAGAAGAGUGCAGCAUCGAUUGCCUGUUUCUUGGCUGCCAAUGGCGCUGACCUCAGCAUUCGCAAUAAGAAGGGUCAGUCACCGCUUGAUCUCUGUCCUGAUCCAAGUCUCUGCAAAGCGCUGGCGAAGUGUCACAAGGAGAAAGUCAGUGGUCAGGUGGGUUCUCGGAGCCCGUCUAUGAUCAGCAAUGACUCUGAAACCCUGGAGGAGUGCAUGGUGUGCUCAGAUAUGAAGAGGGACACGCUCUUCGGCCCGUGUGGACACAUCGCGACCUGUUCUUUGUGUUCUCCACGAGUCAAGAAGUGCCUCAUCUGUAAAGAACAAGUUCAGUCUAGGACAAAGAUCGAGGAGUGUGUGGUGUGCUCUGACAAGAAAGCAGCUGUACUUUUUCAGCCCUGUGGACACAUGUGUGCUUGCGAGAACUGCGCCAGCCUGAUGAAGAAGUGUGUGCAGUGCCGGGCCGUGGUGGAGCGCAGGGCGCCCUUCAUCCUGUGCUGCGGCGGGAAGGGUGCAGAGGACACUGGCGACGAGCUCGCAAGUGGGAAUAUUCCAGUGUUACAAAAGGACAAGGAUAAUACCAAUGUCAACGCAGAUGUGCAGAAGUUACAGCAGCAGCUACAGGACAUUAAGGAACAGACGAUGUGCCCUGUGUGUCUGGACCGGCUGAAGAACAUGAUCUUCCUCUGCGGCCACGGGACCUGCCAGCUCUGUGGAGACCGCAUGAGUGAAUGUCCCAUUUGUCGCAAGGCUAUUGAGCGGAGGAUUCUUCUAUACUGAGAAGCGGAGUGUUUUGUUAGCCAGAGUGUGUGGCUGUGACUGUUAGCUUCUAAGCAAGUUGAGAGUUGUAAUGAAUUAAUUUCUAACGUCAUAGUUCAUUUUCUAAAGGGUGAGACUGUAAAUGUACCAGAACAAAAUAUCUCUACAAAAAAGUGUUUGGCAUAGAAAUAUUGUGGUUUUUUUAUUUGUUUGUAGGGGGGAAAGGUGUAUUUUUCUUUUAAAUUUGAAACAUUGUGUAAUUUACUUUUGGCUUCAAAAAGGGAAAUCCUUUGAGGAGAUCCUUUUAUGUAGAUUCUUACUGCAUUUUUUCCUAUAGGUUAUAAAUUUGUCAGACCUCAAAACAUAUAAUUGCACAUGAUCAGUUAUCCUUCAGCUGAUUGUGAUUUGACACAGUGAAGUGAUGUGGGUGCCCUGAACACUCCUGCAUCAAAUGAAAGGGCAGUCACACUGCUGUGUUGUCACAUAAUUAAAUGACAAGUUUUGGUACAGGUCAUGCACAGGGAAGAGAAUAUUGAAGGAAAGUUUCUAUUUUAAAGAUAACAAGAAGUUAGCUAAAUGUUUGUUUUCAAAUUCUGAUGACUUUGUAUUUAGCUUAUUUAAUGUGUAUCAAAUGACUAGUUUCAAAAUGACUGAUACAAACAGGAAAAACUAAGCAAUCACAGUGGAGAACUGAAGGGAGUAAAAACAGUGAACGGAGACCUGUUCCCCACCAGUAGUCACAUCUUACAUUAAUGCACACACUGCUUGGAUCAGCCACCCUUUAGGAAACCUGCGGAAGGUGUCCUUGGGUGUCCAAGCCGACCCCUGGUGCGUCUGAGCAGUGCGGGGCCCUUGCCUUGGGCCUCUGGGCGCUGCUCAGCACGCAGGCAGCGGUCCCGCUCCUCUGCGUCGGCCCCUUCCCACAGGUCACGGAUCUGCCUGGGCAGGGCCCAGGCUCCGUGCUGUCAGCACCCUGUAAUGUAAGGACAGUCUCUCCCUGUACUGCAGGGAAGAUACCGGUCGGCUGCCAGCAGGGCCCGGGGUUUUGUGAAUUAUCUCACAGGGAUGGUUAUAGAGAAGUAGCCUGCUUCCCUCUAGUCUCUGGUCUUUGGCAGAGGGGCACCCUGUGACUGGAGAGCAUCUGAUCAUUUUCUCUUCUUCAGUGGAGUUACCUUUUGUGACAGGGUAAAUGGACACCUAACUAGGAAUUUUUGAGUUUCUUGCUGCUAGAUUGUUUUUUAAAAAAUCAUCUGUUUAUAAUAGUGUCUACUACAUACUGUGUAUAAAUUCACUCCUAACUAGAAAGAUUUCUCUUGUAGUUUUUAUCCCCUUUUAAAAUCUGGCUAGCUUUUAUUUCAGUUUUUCUGAAAUGAAAACACUACAAUACGUCACCAUGCGUGGUGGCACAUGCUUGUAAUCCUAGCACUUGAGAGACUGAGACUGGAAAAUCCUCUGAGUUUGAGGCCAGCCUGGACUAUAUAGUGAGUUCAAGCCCAAACUGAAUUAUAUAGGGAGGCCUGUCCAAAAAAACCAAAAUCAUGUCUAAGCAUAGCACUGUGUUUCUGGCCACUUCACUGCUGUUGCCACAGUGGCGAGCUCUGGUGGCUGCUUUUCUGUUUAAGUCUCAGCAGUCCAUAUGUAUGUCUAGCUGAGAAAUUGUUACUGUUUUGAACAGUAAAAUUUUCAAAUUUGAAACUUUGUGUUGACUCUUCAGUUACCUAAUAACAGGCCACUGAGGCUAUUUUUAAAUACAUUUUGAAGUUAUGGAAAGGUCUGAUCGAUGAGGUCACGUGGAGAGACGGCUGUCUUCUCCCCCAGGCCACGCCGCACACACAGCGCAGGGCAGGGCAGGGCAGGACAGGGCAGCCGGGGAUGGGGACAGGGUGGGGCCACAGCUGCAUUUCACUGCGGCCCUCUCUCUGGCCUUCUGAGUGCAGUGUUCAAACAGCUAUUCCUAAAGGCCGCUCUGCCUUCCAGAUUCCCCAGAUGACAAAUGUACCGUCCAGUAGAAGCCAUAAAGCCACUGUAAUUCUAGUGCUAAAUACUCGUGGGUUUUCUGUACUGUAUCAUUUUGAAAUUUGUUUUAUGAGUAGAAAGUUUUUCUCUAGUCAUGUUUCCAAGCAUCUAAAAUUAUUUUCAGUUUGUGAGAAAGAAUCCACUCUACCUCUUCCGACUUACUUGCCCGAGGUGCUUUGCCAUGUAGGUGGUGCCCCCUCUCGUCGAGGGCUCUACAUCCUGGCCGGAGAGCUUUUCCCCUGCCUAAGGGCAUCUUUAAAAAUGACCUAGACUCAUUCUUGGGCUUCAGGGACUGGUACCUAACAUUGGAGGAAAACAAAAAAAUGAGCCUCGCAGCACCCUGCCCAUGCACUGGGCAGCCUUGGUGCGCUGGCAGUCCCUUGGGACAGAGGGGGCGCCCAGGGUGGCCUUUGACGCCUGGGUCCCGUGCCCCUCGCCGCCCCCACCUCCCCUUCCGCGGGGUCCUUCCUACACAUGAGGCUGACCGGCGGCGCUGUGCUGAUCGCGUUGGUUCACACACUGACAUUCAUGCUUGUACCGUGUCCCUAGUUAGUUUUGUUGGGAGCAAGAAGCUCAAAAGAAGAGAAAGUUAGUGUAGGGAUAUUGUAUUAGACAAGUGGUCAGUUAUGCUGGGCAAACUAUGAUAAACUAAGCAUUGCACAUGGACCGGCUAGCUGUGGAGGCGGACAUUAAUUGGUAAUAUUGGAAAUAGAUUUCUUGGAUUUGUAUUUCUGAUGGCUUUAUUUGGAAGAGCAUUUUGGCAUACUGAGAUGCAUGCUGCUUACGAUUUGUCCAGUUCCAAUUUCAAAGCUUCCUCACUGUCUGCCUGGUUGUGUGUUGCCCUGGUGCUGUCCUUGUUCCAUUCUGAAUCCUGGAUGCUUUUUGGACUUGGACUGAAGCUGAUGAGCAGAGAGAGUCGGCUUGCGGUGCUGAGGCUGCAACAAGUAGGAAGCGGGAAGUCAGUGUUUGGAGUGCGGAGGAAAGCGGCCCUGUGGGGCCUGCCAGCGCGUGGGGUCUGGCUUAAUACAGUUUAAGGCAUAGUUUUUUUGUAAGUUACAGAUUUUAUUACAGCUUGCUUUUUUUAAAUCCAAAAGGAAAAGCACUUAUCCUCUCAAAGUGUCUAAAUGUUUUAUAGUAACAAUUUGUGUAAACAUUGAAUUUUGGAAUACAUGUUUUUGUAUUUUUGUAUCAUGGUAGAAAAAAACAAAAUUUGCCAUUUUAACUCGAAGUAUACAGGUUAGUAGCGUUAGGUACAUUCAUGUUGUUGUGAAACAUCUUGAGAACUUUAUCCUGAAAACUGUAUCCAUUAAUUCCUUACCGGUGACCAAGGGAAACCGGGCUCCUGGGCCAGUCAGCAGCUGGUGUUGGCAGGACCUGAGCCUCGGGAGCCUGCAGGCCUGGCCCGGGCUCUGGGCAGCGUUCCACCCUUUGCCUCGGUUGUCUUUAACAACGGAGUGGGUUUAAAGGUCUGCUAAUCGGGGUUUAUUUCAACCUAAGCCAAGACAGAGAAACACAGUUUAAAUUCAGGACUAAGUUAACAUUAAAUUUAUACUGAAUUGGGAAGGUAACAGGUUGUCACCAGUGAUGUGUGCCUUGUUAGAAAUGUCAGUCAUCAUUAAAUCCACUUCUCAGAGUUUCACAGCAACUUAAUUUCACUUGCUUGAAUAUUAUGAUAGGAAAGCUGGCUGAUAUACUUGAUUUUUUAUGUGUGUGUGUGUGUGUGUGUGUGUGUGUGUCUCCUUGGAAGCUUAACAUAUAAUGGUAGCAGUAUUAUUCAUUAGUUGUACUUCUUCAGAAUGCUGAAUUCGCGGUAGCUGUUGGAUGUGGCGUGGUGUGUGUGUGGUUUCCUGUGGUGAGGGCGUGCGGGCAUCCUUUAGGCUGAGUUGCAGUGUACACCUGCUGGUGGUGGGGAAAGUACAGGAGAGAGACGGGCCCAGACAGCGGGCUGAUGAAGUUACAUUGUCUGUUGCUACGUUAGCAUUUUCUACCUCCUUUUCUGCCAGAGUAUUACGUUUUCCAGCGUGGAUUCUUACUUGUGAAUAAGGAGGAAGUGGGAACUACAGAGGUUAAAAUUGGAAGCAUUGUUGUGUUGAAAAUUACAGUGCAGUGAGUACACAGAAGUGACCUGUCACAUACAUUUGGUGCCUGAAUCCGUAGCUGGAAGUGACAAUUGACAUGCACAAAAUACCAAGAAAGGUGAUACUGCCAAAUAUUUUAAUUUUCCUAUAUCCUCUUGAUUUCAUUUCAUAAACAUGGCUAGUUUCCUCCAAAAUGCAAAAUGGCCUUGUCAGUUUUUCUUUGCCUUGUCAUUUUUAAUAAAAUAAACAUGCCACUUUGUCUGAGGUACAUGAUUUCAGGAAGCUAUUGAAAGUUCUGACUCAGGGCUUUUUAACAGUUUAAGCAGCUGUUAAUUAGAUUUUGGAAAUUCCAUCUGUGUAGUUCUUCAGUGCCUUGAAAGAAUUACUAGGGUGGCAGCACCAUUCAGACUGGGAAGUGGGCUCUCAGGCAGUGUGUCACAGUGUGUCACACACGGCCUGCGUCACACAGCCUCUGUACCGGCGACCCUGCGCUGUGCCAGGUUCAUGGCAUUCUUUAGGGGAGGACUUAGGUUUGCGGUUGAUGCUGCUGUUUGUUUUAAACGGAUUACAGUGGCCGCCACUGUCCCCAGAAGAGAGAGACUGCGUUAUGCCUGUGCAGAGGCCUGGAUGAGUGGCUUCUGGGCUGAGCGGCAUCCAAGGAGGUCAGCUUGGGCAGCAGACUGUCUCGCGUGUAGAAGCGAAAAGCCUUUGUUCAGGUGAUUCACUGUAAAAAACAUACUUCAGAGGAAAGUGCGAAUUGCAUGUCAUUCUUAAUGCUGGUCUUAGAGACUAACGAUAAAGUUGUUUCUAAGUUUUGUAUAAUUGUGUCAUUCUGAAUGCAAUGUAUUCACUGAGAGAAGUUUGCUUUGUAUGUUCUCCACUGUCAGCUUUCAAUGUUGGAUUAAAUUUAAAGUCUUAUGUGUGGGUAUAGUUUCUGUAUGGCAAACGGUUCUUGCUUAGUAGCUUUUGUUUAAAAAUGCUUAGCAAAAGCUAAGCUUUUAAAAAUAGGAUGCAAACAUUUACCAUUAAUAAAAGCUCUGGUAUAGUAUCAGCACUUUUUUUCUGAUCUUUUGGAAACUGCUCUUUGUAGUAUAUACAUGAAUUUUUAUUUUGAAGGCCUCUAAAAACAAAUCUCACCAUAUCCAUGAGCGCGCCCGUCUCUAGGUCAGCGUGAGAUGUCCGUGACCCUGCUUGUGAGUCCCCAGGCGUGUCAGCUCUGGGGCCUCUUAAGGACCAAAGAAGCCUUUUUGUAUUUUAACACCUCCAUGUUCUUUCAGACUUGGGAUGUAUUAUGAAAAUGGUCUGAGUAGGAUAACUGGAUAAGAAGUAAAUCAAAUAGGAAGAUUCAACUUUUUUUUAUUUUUUGGAAAAAAAAACUAACUCCCCUUCCCACCUUAGGGUUAGGUAGGCGGUUUAGGGCAUUGGGUUAUUUGCCUUUUAAAACCGUGGUAGUCAUUGAAUAGCUUGGGAGCUGUUUUAUUUUUCAGGUUAACAGAAGCACUUAUUUGUGAAGUUGUCAAGAGGUUGUCAGGUUCUAAGGCAAAAGAAAUGUAUCUUGGAUGUUUAAAAGGAAAAACCUAUCUAAUGCAGAAUUUUCCGUUCAUUUGAAAAACAGCAUAUGUAUUCAACUCUAAAACUACAUUUAUUUUGGAUAACCUCUGUGCUUUUUGUUCUGUUGCUGUAUAAUUAGAUAUCCAAUGGUGAUAUUUUUAUUGAAUUGGAACUGUACAGGUUUUUAAAUAAAGCAUUUUAGAAACCCGCA